GUAUGCAAAUAUCCUCUGGAGCAUUCUCAUUGGACAGGAGCGUGGAGGUGUAGCCUGGAGGGCGGUGACAUGGAGCCGUGCAGCUUUAUGAAGUAACUGUGCCCCGCUUGCACAGUCAGACGUGUGCGACGAAGUCCUCAGACACUGGUGGAGUUUCACUUGGUUCUUAUUUCCUAAAAAGGCUGCCUGCUGCACAGUUUGAUGCUGUGGGAGUCAUUUUCCCUUCUGGGCGGACAUCCAUGUUUUGGGGUUUGUGGAGCGUGUGCGAUUUCAUCGACUGCAUGAACUUGUGGACAUUUAAUAGCUCUUUGAAGAGACGAGAAAGCCACUAAGAUGAGCGCUGAUGCACAUUCACAUUUGGGACUGCAGAAACCCUCCAUGAGUUUUGUCAGCGACUUCGACUUGAUGAAGUUCGGCGUCAAAAAGGAGACGAUGCAGGCAAUAGAACGCUCCCUCAUCGGGCCAUGCAGCCAGCUCCACAGACCGGACUCGGUGUCCUCCACCCCAGGCAGCACACCUGGCAACUCUGUACCCUCGUCACCGAACCUCCCACCGAACGAGCUACGUAAUAACCCAGAGGGUGACCCGUUUUGGAUACCCAACAACGGGGCUUACCCUCAUCAGAUGUACCCCCAAGCUUUUGGGCUGACACCUGAGGAUGCAGUGGAGGCCCUCAUUGGGGCGACGCAGCAGGGCCAUCCCCCGGCGCCUCACAGCCACCACCAGCCACCUUUCCCAGUUGAGUACGAAAGCUACAACCAGCUCAGCGAGACUGCACAUCACUACUCGGAGCUCUCUGCUCCCCCCGACAUGCUCCCUAAUAGCCACUGCCAAGACCCCUAUCUCAAGAAUGGCAUGGGGAGCGCGUCCCCUCAGUCCCCGGAUGAGCAACAUGAGGCCGCUGGUGUGAACCACCAUCAUCACCACCACCUCCUCCAGGGGCAGCACAGGCGGUCCAACGCUGACAUGAACUUCUCAGACGACCAGCUGGUGUCCAUGUCGGUCAGGGAGCUCAAUCGGCUCCUCAGGGGGCUCAGCAAGGACGAAGUGAUGCGUCUCAAGCAGAAGCGGAGAACCCUGAAAAACCGAGGCUACGCACAGUCGUGCCGCUUCAAGCGCGUCCAGCAGAAGCACAUCUUGGAGCACGAAAAGACCAGCCUGGUGUCCCAGGUGGAGCAGCUCAAACAUGAACUGAACAGACUUAUCCGGGAGAGAGAUGCAUACAAACUGAAAUGUGAGAAACUGUCUGGUGCAAACUGCUACCAUGAAACCGGGUCGACCAGUGACAACCCUUCCUCACCAGAGUAUUCAAUGUGAGAUGUGCUGAUUUUCUGAGAGAACUGAUUCUUAUCAAUAACCAGCAGCCAACGUUGCUCUUAAACAAUCAGACCCGUGGAUGCAUUCUCAACCUUUAAUUCACGUGAGGCUCAGAGACCUCAAAACUAAGAGAUAGAAAGAUUCAACAAGUUCUGAAUGAAAAAAGCCCAAUAAAGCAUGCAUGCGGGACAUGUGUGAGAGGUUUCUAGAGACACUUCUGUUUCAAAUCACAUCCUCCAAAUCAUCCCUCUGCAAAUGAUUCUUAUUCCUUUUAUUUCUUUGAAUUCAUUUUGCUGAUUUUGCUUUGUGUUUUUUCUUACCAGUUUGUGUUCCUUCUUCUUUGAAACAUUGAUGAGAAUAACGAUGCCGGUUUUGUUGUGGCUGUUGAGCUGAGCUGAGAUUCUGCUGGACAGACGUCUUCUUUACUUGCCUGUCUUUUUUAAGAAAACCAACAAUUGUGCAAAUUGUUGUUUUUGUGUUUUUCAUCACCCGUGGAUCAAUAAACCUGUUGUGACUUUUUAAACAAUGUCUCAUCUCUUCGUGGAGUUCGUGAUACCAACAUGACGCCUGCACAUUCGUUCUUUGGCCUUAUGUAACACGACAUCA